UGAGCGAGUACAGCAACGCGUUGGCGCGUCUGAGGACGUGUUGGUCGAAGUGUAUUUGCCACAGCCGCUCGAAACACUGUCGCUUUAGGUGUACGACCAGAAUUAUGACCGCUUUCAAAGGCGUGUGGACCCAGGAGUUCUGGCGCUGCGUGGCAGCCGAGUUCACCGCAACGUUUAUCUUCGUGCUGCUCAGCGUCGGCUCGUGCACCAACUGGUCGGCGGGGGACAAGCAGCACGCCUCUGCCCCGGACCUGGUCCUCAUCUCGCUGUGCUUCGGCCUGAGCAUCGCCACCAUGGUGCAAUGCUUCGGGCACGUUAGCGGAGCCCACCUGAAUCCGGCCGUCACGGUGGCCAUGGUGGUGACCAGGAACCUGAGCGUGGCCAAAGCCGUGUUCUACCUGCUGGCCCAGUGUCUGGGCUCUGUGGUUGGGGCCGCCGUCCUGUACGGUGUCACGCCCGAGUCCGUCAGGGGAGGCCUGGGGGUCACCAUGGUCCAAACCAGUAUAUCGGCGGGCCACGCCCUGGUAGUCGAACUCUUCAUUACUUUCCAGCUGGUCUUCACUGUGUUUGCAAGUUGUGACCCUAAACGCAGUGACCUCAGUGGCUCCCCCUCUCUAGCCAUUGGCCUUUCUGUAUGUAUUGGACACCUGUUUGCUAUCCCCUACACUGGAGCCAGCAUGAACCCAGCCCGGUCCUUCGGUCCUGCCCUGGUCACCUGGAACUGGGAAAACCACUGGGUGUACUGGGUCGCUCCAGUCCUGGGAGGAAUCCUAGCGGCCUCUUUCUACACGUUUCUGUUCUGCCCCAACCCCGAGCUGAAGCAAUCCUACUCACAUGCCCGCUCCAGGGUUCCUUUCUCCUCCACCAAGUACCGGGAGGUCCAGAGGAGGUUGAGCGUGGACAUGCUGGGCAAACAUCCUCUCUUCACCGUCAUGGACAUGGAGGCAGGCGAGAAGAAGCAGUGGGAGCCGGAGAAGGGGAAGGAGAUUGAGGUUUCAACGGAGGUCCUGUCUUCUGUAUGA